AUGCAGGGCAGGGCGGGGAAGAGAUGGGGAGAACGAUGGGGGAAGUACAAGUUCGACGAGGAGGAGGCGGACAUGGUGGAGAAGUACAACAUCAAAGUCAAGGACAAGGUGAAGGAAAUGAUAAGCAACAACUACUGGAACUCACUAGGAGAAAUCUUCAAGAAGAAGAGGAGGGGAAACUCAACCCUGCCAGCCUCCUAUGACCUUGAGACAAGCAACUGGACGCAGACGAUCUUCGACUACAUCACGGCAGCCUUUCAUCACGUUGAUGAGAACGUGAAUUUCAAUCUGCCCGAGACUGUUGUCAUCCGACAAAGAAGAGCUCUCGCUAUCUUGAGCGCAGAGGAGGGGCAGUCUUUCCAGCGGGUUGACAAGGCGUCUGAGCUCGAGCCCAACGCGCUGCUUGCUGUUGUCAUGAAUGGAUACACCAGGAGAGCCCCGCUCAUUCCCAAUGCCGUCGUUGCCUAUCUCGUGGCUUCAUCACGCGAUGAGACUCGAGGAUGGACGUCGAGCGUCGAGUAUUUCACAGAGGAAUCGCUACAUUCUUAUCUGUAUGAUAAACUGAGAUAUGAAGACCGACAAGCGAUCCUUCAAGUCUUCAUUCCUCCCGCCAGCACUUUCAACGCUGUUGUUCGCGCCUGGUGGGCGCCGUACUCGGUGAAGUUGGAGCAGCGGGUGAACAUCAAUGAUCUAAGAGACGAGAUUUCGGACACCGUCAACUCUCUUCUAUCUUGCGUGACAAAACAGGAGGACGGGGACGAGGACGAGGACGGGGACGAGGACGGGGACGAGGACGGGGACGAGGACGGGGACGAGCUCUGGUUCCUCUGGUGCUCGGUCUUGCAGUUCUCCGAGUCCGUAUCCUCCCAGCCUCCCUCCCUUGCUCGCCCUCUCACUCCCAGCGUCGCCACUCACCUCCCCCCCCUCCCCAAGGACGCGAGCUCUGCCUUGAAGCUGCUAGGUGAGGAGAGGAAGGGAGGAGACAGUUCUGAUGAGCAACAAGGGGAGGACAGCUGUCCUGCGUGCGGGAGGAUGGGGACAACAGAGGAAGAAAAUUUCCUUCCUGUACCUCUCAUGUCCCUCCUGAGAAUCAUCGACCCCACUCUGCAUACCGCCGUCAUGCGGGAACACAAGGUUUGCACGUCUUGCUGCCUUAGACUUGGAAACGACGAUCUACGUCUGGCUCAGAAAUCUUUGCUGGAUUGCACCGCACCGCUCUACUUCUCACGAGAAAGUCGUGUGAAGAGCAAGGUUUCGGGUGAGAGGCAAGAGGCUCCGAGAAGCUCGACAGUCCUGGGGAUUCGGAACGAGGAUAGCAUGGCUACCAUAUCGUCCUUGUCGAUGGAGGUGGAGGACAGGCUUAUCACUCGAUUUCAUAAGAGAGAAGAGAGUGAGGAAAGAAAUGUGGACAAGGCUGAAAAGAAGGAUAAGACUUCCAACUUCAUACACUCACGUCGGGGAUCAAGUUUCCGAUCGUCAGCACUGAAAGAGAGGCUCGCAAAGUUUGACAUCAGUCGGUACAAGGAGAAGGUAGGAGAGACUCUAGCAAACGCGAUGGAUCUUGAGCAAGACAUCAACGAGAUGAACUCGAACCUGAUGGCUGAGGAGCAUGCGCUGCAGACAGACAAAGCUUGCCUUCAAAGAAUCUCAGCAAAGUCGAAACUCCAACAAAAAAAUGCUUCGCUUCCCACCAAGACGAGAGAUCAGCUGGAGCCGAGGCUACUUUCUCUCCUGUCUCCGAGAUCUCAGCAGCUGAUGAAGAAGGUACGAGAGACGGAGAACAAGAGCAUGCAUGAGGAGCUCAGGAACUCCAAGACACGCUCCUCAGGGCAGCAGCAAGGAUCGCCUUCACUCCCGUCUGAGCAGCGGAGGAUGAAGAUGAAUUCCUCCUCCUCCUCCUCUCCAAACUACAAGCAGGUCCUUCAGAGCCCUCAGAUUCUGCGACACAUUCAGCGCGUCUCCAACAUGCGGCCGACGAUCCGCAUGAGGUCGAGGAUGGGCAACCAUUCGCGCUCGCUGGAGGAGACGCCGAUAACCCCAACAGUAAGAACAGCAGAGCUUGUGCACGACCUCAAGUUUGCGGCAGGACAUGUAUCUGCAGUCGCGCAUGGAGCGAAGGUGGCUUACAAGGCCGCAGACUUCGAGCUCGCUGCUGGAGGAGAGCAGGAAGCCGGCUGA